AGCAGUGACAGAAUCCUCCCGCCGCAAUCCGCGCGAAAUGCUUUGUCGGCCGGUAGAUACUGACCACGUGUCCGGCCGCCCGCCCACCCUUCUCGAAGCUGCGGAUGGUCCACCACCAUGUGGCUUUAUUCGCGCCCCCGCCGUCUAUUUAUGCCGGUCGCCUCUUGCUUUCCUAAGUUUUAAAGCUUCUCUCAUCUGCACAGUGAGAGGGGAUAAGGGAGGAGCGCGUGCGGUCGUGAUUUCCAGCAGAGUGAAGAUGAGCGGCGGGGAUCUGCAGUUGCCCCCCGGGUUCCGUUUCCACCCCACCGACGAGGAGCUCGUCGUGCACUACCUCUGCCAGAAGUGCGCCGGCCGGCCGAUCGCAGUCCCCAUCAUCACCGAGCUCGACCUUUACAAAUUUAACCCAUGGCAACUUCCCGAGAUGGCGUUGUACGGGGAAAAAGAGUGGUAUUUUUUCUCGCCAAGAGACCGGAAAUACCCGAACGGAUCGAGGCCGAACAGGGCGGCGGCGUCUGGUUACUGGAAGGCGACCGGUGCGGAUAAGCCGGUGGGAUCGCCGAAGCCGGUGGCCAUCAAGAAGGCGCUCGUGUUCUACACCGGCAAGGCGCCCAAGGGCGAUAAAACCAACUGGAUCAUGCACGAGUACCGGCUCGCCGACGUCGACCGGAGCGCCCGAAAGAAGAACUCCCUUAGGUUGGACGAUUGGGUAUUGUGCCGAAUCUACAACAAGAAGGGCAGUAGCGCCGCAUCGGACCAGAAGACGUCGAAGCCGGCAGGUCCGCAGAUCGUCCGUCCGGGUCCAGCGUUUAGCCCGGAGGACCAGAAGCCCGUCCUCAUGGUGCCGCCGGCUCCGGCGGUCAGGCAGCACGUGCCGGCGGCAGAGCUGGUGUACAGCUUCGCGCCGUCGGCCGACUCUAUGCCGAGGCUCCAUGCCGACUCCAGCUGCUCGGAGCACGUGCUGUCGCCGGAGAAGCUGGCGUGCGAGCGGGAGGUGCAGAGCCAGCCACGGUGGCGGCCCAGCGACUGGGACCGGGCGCUCGGCUUCUCGACCGCCCCCAACUCGCUCUUCAACCAGGUCGAACCGGGUCUAUUUCCCUCGACCGGGACGAGCGAUCCCUUCCAGGACAUCCUCGUCUACUUGGGCAAGCCCUUUUGAAGAUGCGGCAGACGAGCUACGAACUGAGUCCACUCACCGAGUUGCAUCGUGAACCGUUGGUUUCGGGACAGUUGCCGAAUCGGACGGCCGAUGAUGCCGCCGCAGAGAGAGACCGAGUCGACUCCGGUCUUGUGGAAUCGGACCGUGAGUGCAUAUAUAGAUUUAUUAUUUAAGGAUGGGUAUGUCAGCUUAGUAAACAUUAUAGCCAGCACCAUUCUUUGAAGUACCAUAGAUAGGUUGGUAUAGUAUCAAUUCAUACGUGUUUUCAUGUACUUUACAGUAUUUUAAAAAUUAAAACAGAUUAUGGAUAAUUAAGGAGAAAUGUAAUGAAUAUAUUUGAAUGAAGAAGAGACAUUAAUGUUA